AUGACAGAGGAUACUACUCGGCAGGUCACGGAAGGGCGCAUCCGCACGGCCCACGGGCACAGGCAGCGCCGGCCUCCUAAUCAGAGCUGGAGCCGGGACGAGUACCUGUGCAACGUCCGCACGAUGCUCCCGGUGGCGUUAUCGGGCGACACCCUGGGAGUCCAGUCGGUGACGAGGGGCAGGGAGGGGCCGGGGGGUGGGCGCCACCAGCUGGACGAAUGUGGCAGGCGGGCUGCGCCUUUGCUUUGUCCCCGUCGCUUUGUCCCCGUCGGGCUGCCCGCCGGCCGCGGCCUUGAGCUCGGGGCAGGAGCGGGGAGGUGGAGGCAGCGCUUCUGUUUCGGCUCCUGCUUCUCAGGAGUCCCGCCCCUCGGGCCUCUGCCGGCCAGCUCUGACUCACAGGGCGCGAGGAAGUGGGCCUGGGAUCGGGGCUGGACCCAGGGUCCAGAAGCUUCUCUGGGCCUCCCCCGUAGUGGUCUUUACAGGGUCAGCGGAAGUGGCCCCUCCCCUCGUGGAUUAAGGCCUUUACCUCACAGCAGGGAGCGUGGGUCACGCCUGCACGCCCCAAGGGGUCUCCCCAGCCCCCGGGCUGCUCCCCACGCGCCCAGCAGCCCCCGCGGGCGUGAGCGGCUCUCCCUGGGCCAGGGUAGGGGCAGCUGCCGCUCGUCCUGCCCUGGGGGCCUCUGUCCCUUCGGGGUGGAGUCCCCGGCGGCCCUGCAGCGCAGCUCUGCGCUCGCGGAGAGGAGGGUCUUGUCGGUUGUCGGCUGUCCCCGUGGUGGGCGCCUGCGGUCCCAGCUUCUCCGGAGUCCCAGGCCUGUCCCAGGCUUCCGGCAGGACCGGCACCCCCCACCCCCACCCCAAGCUGAGCUGACUGAAGACCCCCUUCCCAGCUUCCCUUGCAGCCCAGUGUGGCUCGGUGGCUCCUGCCACCGCUGAGCUGAGCAUGGCCCCGACCUGCGCAGGCCUGCGAUACCAGGCAGGAGCCUCCCUCUCACAGACAAGGUGUUAGUGACCGAGGAACCACCGUUUGUAAAGGUGUGUCCAGCGGCACCUGGGCUGCUCCAUGCGGGAGGACAUGGACACGGGAGGGACACAUGCCAGCAAUAGGCGGAUUGUCGUGGAAGGCCUGCUGCUCCGGAGAAGCAAUGUCUGAAGGUGACAGAGGGCGACAGCCCCAGGGACCUGCUGGAGGCGUCUCCUGAGCCCCGUGCCUGCUGCUUCCACCGCAGCCCUGCCCAACCAGGAGGCUCAUGAAGUGCCCCCGAGACCACCCCAUGUGGCCACAGGCACCGUCCCCCGGGUGUCAGGUCCCCGGGGGCUGCUGUCUUCUGUGACCAGCAUGAGCAGCAGGGGCAGGAGGCUUCUGACAAGGUUGAAGGGCCACCAGGGAGGGUUGUUGCCACCAGCCUUAGGGCGCAGACCCCGCGGUCAGGCCCAGGACGGGAGGAGAGGCUCUGAGCUCCACGCUGAGCAUCCUGUCUUACGUUCUACCCAUGGACCCAGGGAAACACACUAUGAAAGUGUGUUACACACCAGCAUUGUUGCGGGAAAGUCAAGUUCCGACCCGUGGGGUUCUUGUAAUGACAGCAUCAGGUACUAAUGCCAACCCCACUUACUACCAGGCCUGUGACUGAGGUCCACAGGGCUCUGAUGUUCCUCCCCCUCAAAGCAUCCCCUGCAGCCCUCUGUUCUGCUGUGGCGGGAGCAGCCCUUUGUCAGGGGACCUGCCUUCCCCACCAUUCUGGGUGCCCUCCAGGAUCUUAUUGGGCGCAACACCCUUCUAGUGCUUUUCAGGACCAGGGGGCCAAUUUGCCUGGGUGGAGAUGUCUGUGGCCUGCACCCCAGCCAUCAUCUUGCUGUUAAGGGAGGGUCUGGCCUAUAUUCCUUCCAUUCUGGAUGUUUUUUAGGCUCUGCUCCCUUGUCUUCCAGCCUCCACAAGCUAUAGAGAUCAAGUCAGAUGCUUUCCUCAUUCCCAAGACUUUCCCCUGUCCCCACCCACCUCUGGAAGCUGCUUCUGGAUCCUGUCCCUAGUGAUCUGACAUGUCACAAGGAUGUUCCCUGUGAGCGUCUUCCCUCAUGCACUGUGCUUGGGUGCUGGAAGGACCCUCAACCUGCAAAACCGUCUUUCAGUCCGGGCAGGUUCUGGAACUAUUUCCAGUCAAGUUGUGGGAUCCAAGAAGCUCAAAAAGUUCUGAGCACAAGACACAUGAAGAAAAAUACACCAAGUACAUCAUGAUUCCCAAAAUAAUACUGAAAAUGAACAAAGCUGGAGGGCUCGCAGUUCCUGAUUGCAAAACUUACCACAAAGCUCUAGUCCUUAAAAAAAAAAAAAAAAAAGCUCUAGUCCUGAAAACAGU